GGGAGGAGGAGGAGGAGGAGAGAAGGACCCGGGAGGACGAGGACACAGGGCAGGGGAGAGGCAGCAGGGAGGUGUAGAGGAGGUGGAUGUGGAGAUGACAGAGAGCAGUGGAGGAGAGGAGGAGGAGGAGGAGAGCAGUGACUGGGUGUCCGAGGGGGACAGGAUGAGCCAGGGUCAGUCAGGGGAGGCAGAACUCCAACAGGAAACACACGGGCAGGGUUCCACCGCCACUUCCUGUGUGGACGCAGAGCGGGCGACUGGUGGGACUGCUCCUGACUCCGCUGUCCCGGUCGGCUGGAGGAGCUCACAGGAGUUAAAACAUGGCCGCAGUUUGGAGUCAAAGAACGUCAACUCCAGUUCAGCCGUCGGCCCCAUUCGAGUAUCUGGUGGGGAAAACAGUUCAGAUGAGGCUGCCCAGAUGUGGUUGCGUCCGCAGUACCCAUUCUCCCACCAGCAGGAGGAGCUAGUGAAGCAGCACCAGGAGCUGGUUCACACUGACCAGACUCAGACAGCGCCCCCCUCAGGAACGGCCCUAAAGGCGCACCAGCGCACGCACUCGGGGGAGCGACAGUUCACCUGCCAGCAGUGUGACAAGAGCUUCGCGCACAGCCAGGCGUUAGCGCGCCAUCGCUACAUGCACGGUGCUACGCGCCUCUACGAGUGCGGCCGUUGCCCCGAGAUUUUCCCUUCGAUAGCGGUCCGCAACGAGCACCGCCGUGCGCAGCACGAGCCCAAGAUCUACUGCGCCGAGUGUGACGAGCUCUUCAGUUCGCCAUCUGCUCUUCACCAGCACCGCCGUGCGCAGCACGCCCUAACGAAUCAGUGCGCCAAGUGUGACCGGGUCUUCAGUAACCCUGCCAGUCUGAAGUGCCAUCUGCGAGUGCACCGCCAGAAGAGGCCCUACAAGUGCCCCGAAUGCCCCGCCAGCUUCCGCUGCAAUGCCAGCCUCAACUACCACAGCAGCCAAGUGCACCACGCCGAGCGCUCCUACCACUGCACCUGCGGCAAGUCCUUCGUCUACAAGGGGGCGCUGCUGAGCCACCAGCACGAGCACUGCCACUCCAACGAGCAGCCCUUCCACUGCGACGACUGCGGCAAAAGCUUCCUGUCCAAGGACGCGCUGGGGCAGCACAUCAUGACGACCCACUUUGACGAGAGGCGCUUCCUGUGUCCACACUGCGGCAAGGUCUUCUACCACCAGCGCAGCCUGGACAGUCAUGUGAGAAUGCACACGCGUGGGAAAGACUUCCGCUGCUCACAGUGCGACAAGACCUUCUUCAAAAGGGAGGGCCUGACCCGACACGAGCUGACCCACUCGGGCGAGAGGCCCUUCCUGUGCGACGACUGCGGUAAGGGGUUCGUCUCACAAGGCGAGCUGCAGAAGCACAAGCGGUACCACACGGGUCACAAGCCCUUCCGAUGCGCGGUGUGCGAUAAGAGCUUCGCGCAGUCGGGGCAGCUGACUGUGCACAUGCGCUACCACACGAACGCACGGCCGUACACCUGCCCGUCCUGCUCCAAGUGCUUCAGGACCGCCGACGCUGUCAAGAGACAUACGCGCGUACACACCGGCGAGAAGCCUUACGAGUGUGUUGUGUGCCUCGCACGCUUCCAACAGUCCUACCAGCUGAAGGCCCACCGGAAGAAACAACACACCUUAGUCCCUUAGUCGUGAUCAGUGACCCACAACCUUGCCCCUGCGCACCUAUUGCAGGAUGAAGUGGGUCUGUCUAAUGAAUGCUUUCUUAAAAAUAAAUGAAUAAAAUAAAUAGCCUGAUUUAGACAUCAAA